AUGCCCAGCACCUUGCCCGGCUGCGAUUCUGGAAGCAUCUGGUACUCGCGCACUCCCCUAACGCUUAGCUCUGCCGUCAUCUGCGAAUGCCUUGUCCCGCACCACAACCCAAGUGACGUCAGCCGCUCCGGCCUAGACUCGUGUGGAAAACAACAUAUGUUGGAUAAGGGCAAUGUGGAGGAGAAUGCUGUCUUAGUGGACACACUAUCGCCCUGUCCUCUAUUUAUCUAA